AUGGUCCAACUCAAGGUCGGUCAUGAUGUCGGUUCCGGAUGGGGUAACCGGGCGAAUGCUUACGGCCAACGCAAAGUCGGAUGCGAUCGCGCCCUGCCGCAUUGCGCGAAUUGUACGCGCGCAAAGAGGGAGUGCAAAGGCUAUGGAUUGAAGCUCGCGUGGCCCGAUAAGUACGAUGGAAGAAGAAAGCAGAAGAAGUAUCAGGCGGAACCAGACACAAGUGCGACCAACUACGUGACCAAGUUCGGCGAAUUCUACUUCCUCAACACCAGCAUUGAGGACGUCGAAGGACACAGGUAUACUGUGCGAGAUCUCGUUGCAAUUGGCUGUUUUGCCAACGACUUUUACGCCCCGAGAAGCCUUUCGCCGGGCCUAGAAUUCUGGAAGCUGGAUCUGGGCGAGCGCGAGGGAACACUUUUGUCUUAUUACAACUCUGUGGUCGCACGAAUGAUCACAACGAUUGAUGAUAGCACCAACGGUUUCCGUCUCGAAAUCAUGCCCAUGGCAUUAACGUCGACAGCUGCAGCCGCAACAAGCCUUCUGCAGGCCACAUUAGCACUGGCGUCUUUCCAUUUAGGGAGUCGUGAAGAAGCGCUUACCCAUAAAGUCAGGGCUAUUAAGGCGCUUGCGGAUAGUUUUCACUGUGGAUCGCCUCCAGACGAAAGAACUCGACUGACGCAGUUUGCGUCGUGUAUGAUGCUCUGCGUAUAUAGCGUCUUCGACGCCUCAGACACAAGCUGGCACACUCAUCUUCAAGGCGCCCGCAACGUCGUCACAAGCCAUCUCCGGGCUCUCCCUGGGAACCAACAUAGAUGCAAUCCUUUCUUAAAAGAAUGGUACGAAUACCACCACACUUUCUCGGAAUUCGCGUACCCGUCCCAGUUCUACACGGCGUUACCAUCAAUACACGACAUUCUGAUCCCCGAAAGCCUCGCUAUUGAUCGAAGAGUACGUGGACCUCGCAACCCAAGCUACCAGUGCCAUCUUGAGACUGACACUGAAGAUAAGAUUGUGGGUCUGUUGGGUUGUUCGAGCGAAUUAUUGCGAUUGAUCUCGUGCAUCAACCAACUGCGCACUCUCCUGACGAUGGAAACAGGCACGUCGGAGUCUGACAUGACCGCGCUAGCUGUCCAUAUCCGCUUUCGACUGCUCAAUCUGCGACAGGAGAUAUACAUCUACCCAGACGAGACUUCCGGGCACAUCUCGCACACACGUAUUCACCAUACAGCAGAGUUCUACCAAGUUGCUGCCAUGCUGUACUUGUACAACACGUACCCGGCAACCGCUCCAUCUUCAUCGACUUCUAGUCCACCGAAUUCGCCGCUUCCAUUCCCGAGCAUCCCGGAUCUUGUUCGCAAGGCUUUCAUGCUGCUUGAUCAAAUGGAAGUGUGCACUUCGCCUUGGCCACUGUUCGUGGUGGCCUGCAAUGUGUCAGAGGAUAGGGAUCGUAUUGAGAUCAUGAGAAUAUUCGAAGAAGGGUCCCAGGUACGAAGAGUUGGCAACUAUGACGUUAUUACGGGUUUGGUGAAAGCAGUAUGGAGUAGAGGGGAUUUGAAAGUUGACGAAGGCAGGGAUGGAAGCGCAAAGAUACCGGACUGGAGGGAAUUGGUCGAUGAAAAGACGGGCAUGCCUUCGUUCAUUUGA